CGCUCAGGCGACGCCGUCUCGCAGCAGCAGUAGCAGCAGCAGCAGCAGCAACAAAUUCAAGCACAAACAUUGGCUUAAUAUCAGUCACUAAGCGAUCGUCAGACAGUUAACAACAAACCGUCAAGAGCAGUUGGCAAAAAAUACAAAAUAAAUAAAUAAAUAACCCUUGGCCAAAAAACCAAAUCAGCACAGAAAUUGCGCGCGCAAAGGUUCGAAAUCCCUACAGCUACAGCUGCCAGUAAAUUGAAUAAUUAAAUAAUAAACAAAAAAAAAAUUGGCCACCAAAGUAUUACCAACAAUUUGUGUUUUUUUGUGUUGAUUGUUUCUGCAAAUUCUGGCUUGCGAAAUCCCAGCUGGCGUUUAUAAUCGCCCCAUCGAGCAUAUCGCGGACGACCAUUAACGCCAUUGUGUGAAAUCCAAUAAUUUUCGGUUGAUCUUUAAGCGUCAAUGUCGAGGGCAAACGGUUGGAUCAAACCAUUAAUAUAAUUUCUACACAAUAAAAAUAUUAAAACAACAAAUAAACUCCCACAUAAGCAAAUUAAUCCAGGCAAAAAGAUGACAGAUAACGCGGCAUUUAGCAACGAUGGGGAGAGAUCUUAUCCCCCGGCGUCAAGCAUAGGGGUCUCUUCGGAGUCCCUCGGCGAAAAACCUCCAUCGUAUGCGUCGGCGGUGCCACCUCUGGGAGAUUUCAACUCCAAAUCGAAUUUAACAGAGAAGAACCAGCUAUCACUUGCGGAGGAUCCUUACAACCCCUUCGAGCAUCGUGAUCCCAAUGGCGCGAGUUCUGGAGGCGCCUUGGCGCACUUGCUCAAAAGUUCCCUGGGAACUGGUAUCCUGGCUAUGCCCAUGGCCUUCCACAAUGCCGGUCUGGUUUUUGGCAUGGUCAUGACGCUAAUCGUCGGCUUCCUUUGCACCCACUGCGUACACAUUUUGGUGAAAACUUCCCAUAACAUUUGCCGGGAUGCCAAGGUGACAUCUCUGGGAUUCGCCGAGACGGCGGAGAAAGUAUUUGAAUACGGACCCAAGGGAAUGAGACGCUUCGCGAAUUUCGCCAAGCAGUUCGUUGACAUCGGACUGAUGGCCACCUACUAUGCCGCGGGGUGUGUGUACAUCGUGUUCAUUGCCACAUCCUUCCACGAUGUGAUCAACUACUAUACCGGAAUCAACUGGGACGUCCGCAUCUACAUUGCCCUAACGGUGAUUCCUUGCCUGCUUAUUGGCCAGAUCCGGGAACUGAAAUGGCUGGUGCCCUUCUCCAUGAUGGCUAAUGUCUUCAUCGUGAUCACCUUUGCCAUCGUCCUGUACUACAUGUUCGAUGAGCCCCUGGUCUACUCCGACAAGCCACUGAUUGCCAAGGCCUCCAGCAUCCCGCUCUUCUUCGCCACCGUCAUCUUCGCCAUGGAAGGUAUUGGUGUCGUCAUGCCUGUGGAGAACUCGAUGAAGAAGCCCCAGCAUUUCCUUGGAUGCCCCGGAGUCCUGAACACGGCCAUGAUCACUGUGGUGUUGCUGUACGCCAUCAUCGGAUUCUUCGGCUACGUGAGAUUCGGCGAUACUGUCAAGGGCAGCAUCACAUUGAAUCUUCCAGAGGGUGCCUGGCUGGGAGACACCGCCAAGCUGCUGAUGGCCGUUGCCAUCCUGUUCACCUUCGGCUUGCAGUUCUAUGUGCCCAACACGAUCCUUUGGCAGAAGAUUAACCACAAAUUCAACCCGGAUAAGCACAACAUGACCCAGAUCCUUUUGCGUUCCGGCAUUAUUCUACUGAGCGGCGGUGUGGCGGCAGCUAUUCCCAAUCUGGAACCCUUCAUCAGUCUUGUGGGAGCGGUGUUCUUCUCGCUGCUGGGAAUCUUUGUGCCCAGCUUCGUGGAGACCGUGUACCUGUGGCCCGAUCGUCUGGGUGUCUGCAAAUGGAAGCUCGUCAAGAACAUCUUCCUGGGUGUGUUCUCCAUCCUGGCGCUGGUUGCUGGCGCCGUUUCCAGCAUAAACGAGAUCAUCGAACUAUACAGCGGCGAGGAUUAAGUCAUGUUAUCUUUACCACUUCCCACCCAACCAGACAUGUAGUAUUACUCGAGAUGCAGGUAGCUUUCCCGAAAGGCGAAAGUGUUCGCGAGUUUCAGUUCAAAAAGCAGGUAAAGGCAAAGCCCACAUCCACACCAGGUACCCUGACCUACGGCCGUGUUGAACAUGGCCUAAUGGCCUCCGGAAUAUCGCCAAUAUUCCGGAGCCGUUGACUGCAUGAACAAGAUGAUAUUAAUGGUUAAGUGCCUUGUUACACAAAGUAAGAUGAAAUUUAUAGAAUUUAAAAAUGUUAUUACCUUAAGUCUGCACCGAAAAACUAUAAAAAACAACCCAUAUAUAUA